AUGGGGUCCAAGCUUGACGGCGACGAUGAAAACGCAGGCACGGCGGUCCAAGUUGAAUCCUCCUCGACUUGUUCGACCAAAGAGACGUCGCCGCCACAGCCAGCGGCCUCUCACAAGAUCUCACUGUCGACCUAUCUCGCAAUCAUAUCAUUCUGGUUUCAUUAUGCAGCGGCCAACGUGGCCACUGUCAUGAUCUCGGCCGUCAUUGCAAAUAUAAAUCAAGAUAUAGGCCCAAGCCCCGUCUACACAUGGCUUGCGUCAAGUCUGGCUCUGGCCUCGAGCAUUAGCGUAGGAGUUGCUGGGACUGUGACCGACCUCACCGGACGACGAGGAUAUUCGAUCCUAUUCGGACUCGUUGGGAUUGUGGGAUGCAUCGUGGCUGUCACGUCCAAGAAUAUCAGCCAGUUGAUCGGCGCCAACGUCCUCGUCGGUCUCUACAUCGGCUCCAGCGAGAACAGUCUAUCAGCCGUUUCGGAAUUGGUGACGCACAACCAACGCGGUGCUGUCAUGGCUUGUUUCAAUGCUGGGAUCGGCGUCUUUACCGUCUUUGGUUCCUUGAUAGCUCAUGCCAUGGUGAGGAAUGGAUCCUGGAGAAGCAUCUAUUACCUUGUCAUCGCCCUGGACGUGGCCGGCACCGUCGCCCUCUUCUUCCUAUAUCAUCCACAAGCUCCCUUGGCCGGGUUCAGCUCGUAUCGAUCAUUGAUCAGGGGCUUCGAUUGGUUCGGCCUCCUGGGACUAAUGACGGGCCCUACACUCCUACUCCUGGCCAUCACAUGGCUGGGUGGAACAUACCCGAUAUCAGAUGUUCGCGUGUUGACGACGUUGAUCAUUGGCAUCGUCGCGAUUGCCCUGCUCGGAGUCUAUGAGGCCUUUGUGCCCGAGAAUCCCCUCCUCCAUCCUCAUCUUUUCCGCCGUAUCCGGACUUUUACUCUGAUUCUCAUCGUCACCAUCGUGGGAGGCAUGCUAUACUACUCGCUCUUGUCCUUCUUCCCCCUCUACCUGUCCCUGAUCUACGUCAACGACCCCUCGGACGACAUCAAGAUCGGGGUCUACAACAUCCCGUUGCAAGCGGGCAGCUUGUUUGGUGGGGUGACCACCUUCUGGGCCCUUCCCAAGCUGCGAAAACCCCGACCAAUGCUGAUCAUCGCAGUCUUUGUUCAGCUCCUCUUCAUCGCCCUUAUGGCUAUACCUAAUCAAAACCAACGACCAAUGGCACUGGCAUUCUCCUUUUUUGGAGCUGUAGGGCUCGGAUCAUCUGUCUCUCUCUCGGUCCUCCUGAUCCAGUUUUCAGUCCCGGACAAAUACAUCGGUUUCGCAGGGGGCAUGCUGUCGCUGUUCCGGUUUGGCGGGGGCGCCGUCGGCACGGCCGUCUACUCGUCCAUCUUCUCGUCGAGGAGCGCCGACAAGGUCCCCGCCUACGUGGCCGCGGCGGCACUGCGAAACGGCCUGCCGAGUUCGUCGGUCGAUCAGCUCUUGGGGGCCAUGUUGACCGCGACGGGGGGACCCGUCACCGACGUCCCGGGAUACACGGCCGAGAUUGGCGUCGCGGUCAGCCACGCCGUCAAGUCUGCGUACGUCGCGUCGUUUAGAUACGUCUGGCUCUCGUCCAUCGCAUUCGGCGCCGUCUCUCUCAUCUGCACCAUCUUUGUCAAAGACCUCAGUCACCAGCUCAACGACACGGUCGCCAUCAGACUGCAAAAGGAACAACAACAAGAUCAACAAGAACAACAAGAACAAGAACCCGUCGCGGAAACGGAAACGGAAACGAAAACAGUCGUGGGGAAAGAAGACGACGCCGAUUUGGACACCAAGACGAAUUGA